AUGGUUCAGGAAAAAGAAUGUUUCACCCGAGCUGAGUUGGAUGGCAUUGCUGGAAACCUUGUUCUUAGUGAUCCAAACAAGGGCCAAUGGACUCCUCUAUCGUUCAUCUUUAAACCUCACCACAAUGUUUUAACUGGGAACCAUGAUGUAAAUGUUCUUAUUGUGGCAUUAGAAGCUAGAAAGAAGAAGGUAAUCUGGCAUGAUCAUCGAAAAGGAGCAUCAUCAAUCGAUCUGGAUGCGGAAGCGUUGGUAGGUCUGAUGAUCAAUGUGCCUGUCAGGAGGUUGAGGGGGCUCUGGACUGGCAGGCAUUGGGUCGCAAUUCGAAGCAUUGAUGGUAUCUGUUUUAAUUUGGAUAGUGAUUUUUCUGAACCCAAGAAGUUUAAGGACAAAGAAAACGUGAUUGCGUUCCUGGACAGCGUACUCAGUCAAGGUGGAGAGCUCAUGAUCGUGCUGCAAGAUGAAUAA